UUUGCGCAGAUCAGUCAAUGACCAGAUUCUUGGGGAUUAGGGUUUAUUAUGCUUCUGACUACUACUAGGGGUCUUAGCGCUGGCAAACAAGCUAAAAAUGAAAUCUUUGCUCCCUUCCUCUUCUUCGCAGAUUCCUCCAUGGCUAAUCCUCUAUUGCAGACGCCAUUUAUGCACCUCUUCAACCUCAUCUUCACAAACAAUUCAACAAACAAAAACUCUUCAACCUUCCCCUUCAGAUUCAACAACCGAUUAUCUUGAUACUGACCAUUCUUGUGACAUACCCAAUUCAGAAGAUGGUAAGUUUACCAAGAAUCAUGUCGUUGGUGUUCUUCUCAGUCAUAGAGAUGACCCUGAUUCAGCUUAUAGGUACUUCCAAACUGCUAGACGACAAAGGGGUUUUCUACAUACUAAAUCUGACCCUUUCUUUGUUCUGCUUCACAUAUUAGUCAGUUCUUCAAUGCAUCAUCAUAAAGCUCGGCGUUUGCUUGAUUAUUAUGCUUCUAGUGACUCCGGUCCCUCUGCUACUGUUAUUUUUAAUGGUCUAAUCAAUUGUGGUAAGACUUUUGAUUUUGAGUUAAAUCCUAGGAUUUUUAAUUUCUUGAUGAAUAGUUGUGUGAAAGCUAAUAGAUUGAAUGAUGCUAUUGAUUGUUUCAAUGGGAUGGUGGAACAUGAUAUAAAGCCGUGGAUACCGAUUAUGAACAAUCUUUUAAAGACAUUGGUGAGGCAGGACAUGAUUGGAGUAGCCAGAGAUUUGUAUACUGAUAUAGUGUCUAGAGGAACCCAUUAUGAUUGUCGUACUGUUCAUAUUUUGAUGGCUCCUUGUUUCAGAGAAGGGAAAAUGGAGGAGGUUGUGAAGCUUUUCGAGGAGGCUAAGAUGAGUGGGAUUAAGCUUGAUGCAGUAUUGUAUAGCUGUUGUGUUUAUUUUGCUUGUAAGGAACAGAAUCUAUGUUUAGCAUUGAAGUUGUUGGAGGAGAUGAAAGACAGGGGUUGGGUUCCUUCUAAGGGCACGUAUACAAACAUAAUUUUGGUUUGUGUGAAACAAGGGAAUAUGGUUGAGGCAUUGAGGUUCAAGGAUGAAAUGCUUAGUAAUGGCCAUCCGAUGAACUUGGUGGUUGCAACAAGUUUGAUGAAAGGGUAUCAUGUACAGGGUAAUUUAUCAAGUGCUUUGGAUUUGUUUGACAAACUGGUCGAGUAUGGACUCACUCCGAACAAGGUGACAUAUGCAGUUUUAAUAGAAGGUUGCUGUAAAAAUGAGAAUGUUGAAAAAGCAAUAGAAAUUUACAGGCAAAUGAAACUUGCAGGUAUUAGGUCUGAUGCUUAUGUUGAAAAUUUGUUGAUAAGGGGAUUUUUGAGUCUUAACUUGUCAGAUGAAGCAAUGAAUGUGUUUGAUGGGGCAAUAAAUUCAGGGACUGCCAAUGUUUUCGUUUAUAAUAGUAUAAUAGCCUGGUUGUGUAAGAACAGUCAAAUGGAUAAAGCUCAAAACAUAUGGGAUAAGAUGGUUGAUAAUGGAAUUUUACCUACUAUAGCUUCGUACAACAAUAUGAUUCUCGGAAAUUGCAGAAAUGGGAAUAUGGACAAAGCAUUGUAUUUGUUCUCUCAGUUGCCAGAAAGGCAUUUGAAAGCUAAUGUUGUAACGUAUAGCAUUUUGAUUGACGGGUACUUUAGAAAAGGUGACGCUGAGAAAGCUGAGAACAUGUUUGAUCAAAUGGUCUCUUCAGGAAUUUCCCCUACUGGCUACACAUUCAAUACCAUACUCAGUGGUAUGUCUAAGGUUGGCAAAACGUCAGAGGCAAAAGAUUUGCUUAAAAAGAUUGUGCAAGGAGGAGACCUCCUUCCAACAUGCAUGUCUUACAAUAGCCUAAUCGAUGGAUUUUUGAAGGAAGAUGAUGUCAGCUCAGCAUUGGUUGUUUAUAGAGAGAUGUGUGAUAGUGGGAUUUCCCCAGAUGUUGUCACUUACACAACUUUGAUUGAUGGGUUAUGCAAAAGCAAUAACAUUAAUCUAGCUUUAAAAAUGCUGAAUGAGAUGAGAAAUAAAGAAAUUGAGUUAGAUGUCAUUGCAUAUACUGUUCUUAUAGACAGCUUUUGCAAAAGAAGAGACAUGAAAAGUGCUUCUGAACUUUUUGAUGAAAUCCUUCAAGUUGGUCUCUCUCCUAACCUAUUUGUUUAUAAUAGCUUGAUAAGUGGGUUUAGAAAUGUAAAUAAUAUGGAAGCAGCACUAAUCUUGCGUGAUAGGAUGAUCAAUGAAGGUGUUCCAUGUGAUCUGGAAACAUACACCACAUUGAUUGAUGGGCUUUUGAAGGAUGGAAAAAUAGAUCUGGCAUCUGAUUUGUUCACUGAGAUGCUUGGAAAGGGUAUAAUGCCUGAUGACAUCACAUAUACUGUUCUUGUACACGGUCUUUGCAAUAAAGGUCAGGUUGAGAAUGCGUACAAGGUCCUAGAGGAGAUGUGUAAAAAGAGUAUGACUCCUAGUGUUCUGAUUUAUAAUACACUAAUUGCUGGAUACUUCAAGGAGGGAAAUCUGCAAGAGGCAUUUAGGUUGCAUGAUGAGAUGCUUGACAAAGGUCUUAAGCCCGAUGAUGCGACCUAUGAUAUUCUUAUCAGUGGAAAGUUGAAAGGAAAUAGUUUGGGUCCAGGUAUUUCAAUGCCACAAUGAACCAGAUACCCUCUAGCAAUUUGUUGACAAUAUACUUUGGCUGUCACUCCUGUCUGCAAGGUUGACAGCUUUAAUGCUUGUGGUCCAAUGAAGUGCUUUCGCUUGGUCACCUCGAGUCCCUCGAAGGUAUCUGAAGAGUCCCAAAGAGGUAGCAUUACCUGAUUUCACUUCAUCUGUGAAGGUUACACAGGAAAACUAAGGUACUACAGCGAAACAACUAUAAUUGGAUCUCUUGAAAUCUUGAAAAGCAGACUGUAGAGACUUCCACUGAAUUUACACUUGCAAAGCAAAUUUGGUAAUUGGUCCAGGGAUGCAUCACACUUUUGCUUCUCAUGUAUCUCAACUGGACUUGUGAACAUCACUCUGCUUGAUGCUCAAUUGUAUGUCCUUUGCAGAGGUCUCUCCUGAAGAGGAGGUCCAAGUGCUGAACUAUUUAUGAGAACAUAUGCAAGUGAUAAUCUGUCCUAGGGUGAAUGAGUUAUGCGCAAAACAUAUAAAUUGAGGACCCUUGGCUUUGUUUUGGACCUGAACUGUCCUCUCCAAAUUACUUUAUCAAAAAAAGAAAAAAAGUGUAUUUAGAAAGAUGAAGAAUAAAAUCUCCAGAUAAAUACUUAUGAGCAAAAUGUUGGAUGUAAGCAAUAAUGGUAAGAGUUUCAAUAACCAUAUUAAUUGCAUUAUUAACUAGAAAUCCUCAGAAAGAAAUGCUUAACUUUCUUUUGGUUUCGUUUUAUCGAAAGCUUGCUGAAGGCAGUUUAUCUGUACACUUAUAUGUGCUCCUCAGCUUGCUGAUGCAAAUGAAGAUGAAGAAUGCUAUCCUGAAAUAACAAUUUAUAUCGAUCACACCUCUCAAAUUUUCAA